AUCCAGCUGCAGUUUGGCCUUUUCAUUGGCUGAAACCACAGUCAGAUUCUCCUUGCGAAAUUAUCUGAUUGAAAAUCAGGGAGGGGGAAGAAGAAAGAGCAACAAGUGUGAUGCUUUUACACUGCUUUGCUUUUCUGACUUUUACGAAAGGAUUUUAGACGCGUUUUCGUCCGCUCAACACAGAGAACGAGGAAAUAAUUGUUAUUAUUGUUUUACGUCACAUUUACUUUUUGACGGAAGCCGCUGAGUUAACGGAUCGACAUGCCUCGCUCAUUUCUGGUAAAAAACAAAAGGUGCUCGUCCUUUAACGUUCACCGAUCGUAUGAGAACGAAGCGAACGAGGCCAAAUGCGCAGAAGUGCCAGUGCAGCUGCUGAGCACAGACUCAGAGCAGCCACAGUCGGACCUGCAGUCUUCUCCUUCCGACCGCUGCUCCGUGGACCACGAGGAGGCCGACUGCCCGUCGCCCGUGCACCCGGAGCCGCCCAGGCCCCCUGCGGCCGCCACGCAGCCGUACUACCUGAGCGACUUCCCCUCAUUCUACAAGCCGGCGUACGCCUGGGACGCGGUGCCGCCCUACGAGCUGCGGCAGAUGAGCUUCAGCCCCACGGUGCUGCAGCACGCCGCCGGUCUGUACGGCCGGAGCCCCCCCCCACCGCAGCCCCUGGACUGCAGCACCCACUACUCGCCCUCCUCCAACACCUACCACUGCAUCACCUGUGACAAGGUUUUCUCCACGCCUCAUGGACUGGAGGUCCACGUCAGGAGGUCACACAGUGGAACCAGACCCUUUGGCUGCAGCAUCUGCAGAAAGACCUUUGGUCACGCGGUCAGCCUGGAGCAGCACAUGAACGUCCACUCUCAGGAAAAAAGUUUUGAGUGCAAGAUGUGUGGCAAGUCAUUCAAGCGCUCGUCCACGCUGUCCACACACCUGCUCAUCCACUCCGACACCAGGCCGUACCCGUGCCAGUACUGCGGCAAGAGGUUCCACCAGAAGUCCGACAUGAAGAAGCACACGUACAUUCACACGGGUGAGAAGCCCCACAAAUGCCAAGUGUGUGGGAAAGCGUUCAGCCAAAGCUCCAACCUGAUCACUCACAGCAGGAAGCACACCGGCUUCAAACCCUUCGGAUGUGACAUUUGCUCCAAAGGCUUCCAGCGAAAGGUGGACCUGCGCCGGCACCACGAGAGCCAGCACGGCAUGAAGUGAGGCCAUGAGCCACACGCGCUCAGGGCGGCGGAGGCCACAGAUCUGCUUUCAUUCAAACAAAGAAGCUGUGAAGUCAGGAAGAUGUCAAAUACAGGAAAAUGUACAUAGUUAAUAUAUUGGAGCUUAUGAUCUGUUUGUGUGCGGAUGAGUGGGACCUUUUUUCCUUCGUGUGUGUGUUUGGCUUUUGAUAAUAACAGAUUAGUUAGUAAUUAGCUGUUAAUGUGCUGGUGGAAUAAAGAGUGAACUGAUGGUC